AUGAGCAAAAAUCCACGAAUACAACAUAAGAUUAAAGCAGAAUUGAACGAUAGCAAUGAUCAACAACAUUUAUCACUUGAUCGACUCGAUUCACUUGUGUAUUUAGAUUGUGUCAUUAAAGAAGUGCUUCGUUAUUCUUCACCUGCCAGUAUGACAUUUCGAACAUUGGUCGUCAAUGAUUGUCUGCCACAAAGUGGUGCACAAUUGUUUAAAGGAGAUCAAGUGCUUAUUCCGUUUCAUAAUCUAGCACAAGAUAAUCGAUUAUGGUCUGUUGAUCCUAAUCUCUUUUAUCCGGGAAAGAUUCUUAAAUGA